AUUAUUGGGUGAAUUUCAACACACAACAAAUACGAACGAGUAAGAAACAAGAUGGAUGGCAAAAGGAAGGUGCAAAAUGAAAUAAGUUAAAUGAAACACAAAUUACUCCCGAAAAAGACGCGCACAAUAAACAAUCACUGCCAGGUGCAUUACCGAUGUUAUUUUCACAAUUCUAAACAACACUCCACAUUUCUUCACGUAGAAGGCCAACAAAUUAAAAUGUGUUACGAAUACGGGACAAACACAACGUGCUUCUUAUUUAGUCAAAACAUAAAAGAACUUUUUUUCGGACUGGUGCCGAUUACUGGGCACUCGCUGAAGAUACUCGUUCUGGUUGACUCGCUGAAAACGAUUGGUAGCAUUUCCGCAGUUUUCACGGAUGGGUAGCACUCGAUAAGCCGGUCACAUGUUUAUAAGCUAAUUCAAACUGAAGAAAAACAAAAAGAAAACAAAUAAAGGAAGAAGAACAAUUUUACAGAGGUGGCAGCACUUGACUUUUUUGACGGACCUCUCGGACAAAAGGCGAACGAUCACACUACCAAAACCAUUAGAGACGUCGAUGUCUUCCGAAAUUUUCGAGGACACAGAUCUGAUUUUUGCUGAGCACCUCGACGACAGUCAACCAAGCAUCUCACUCGACCAGAGCAUGUUGGAGGACCAAGAGCUACAGCUGCAGAAGGGACUAGAGGACAUGGAGAAGGAGAGUUCCAGCUCAUGUUCCAGCUCAUAUUCCUAUAAGCCAUCAACUAAGAAGCGCAAGGCUGCGGCGGAUGAAAGCUGUGCCCUAACACAGAAAUUUACGGAGUACGUUGACUUGCACUUGUCCAUACUAUCGCAGACCAAAAAAGUUCCACUGGUGGUCACCUACUGGGGCGAAAUAAUGAAAGAUCUGCCGGAAGAAAUGCAAGAUCAAGCGGAACAGCAUAUAACCAAAUUUUUGUUGGAUUUGAAACAAAAAGCAAAAUACCAUGAAUAA